AAAAUGGAAAUUUUGUGUAGAAGAGAUUCCGUUGCAGCAAAGAGCCGCAGCAGCUUCGCUAUUAGGGAAGCUUGUUGGCCAGACUAUGCAUGGGCCUAGAGUGGCGAUAAGUCUGGCAAGAUUUCUGCCUGAUUUCCUUGUCUCGGUAAUCAGGGAUGGUCCUGGUGAAGCAGUUGUGAUUGCUCUUGAACAAACAACAAAACUCCUGAACUAGUCUGGACUCCAGCAAUGGCUGCAUCGUUGUCUGCACAAAUAGCAACUAUGGCUUCGGAUCUGUACCGUGAACAGGUGAAAGGACGUGUUGUUGAUUGGGAUGUACCUGAGCAGGCCUCUGGCCAACAGGAGAUGAGAAAUGAACCUCAGGUUGGAGGGAUCUAUGUUAGGUUAUUCCUGAAAGAUCCCAAAUUUCCACUUAGAAAUCCCAAGAGAUUUCUUGAAGGGCUGCUGGAUCAGUACCUUACAUCCGUUGCCGCCUCACAAUAUGAUGGCCAAGCUGUUGACACUGAACUUCCUCUACUUCUUUCUGCUGCCCCGGUCUCUUUACUCAGGAUGUACCCCGCUCUUGCAGAUCAUGUUGGAUAUCUUGGUUAUGUGCCCAAACUUGUGUCUGCAGUAGCCCAUGGAGCAAGCAGAGAAACAAUAGCUUCAGAAACCUAUGUAUCUGAGGAUGGUUCGUCGCAACAAAAUUCACAAACUCCUCCGGAGCGAGUUCGCCUUAAUUGUUUACGUGUUCUACAUUAGCUUGCAGGUAGCACCACCUGUGCAGAAGCUAUGGCAGCUACUAGUAUUGGGACACCCCAGAUAUGCUGUGG